UUUCUCUAGCUACAACGGCCAGAACUUCGGUUCACGUCGUGUUAUAUUACACUCCAUGCAACACUUUACGGCUGUGAGCAGUGAAGAUGGGGGCUUGGCACCUUCGAUACAUACCCCAGCCCCCCUAGUCUGCUUCAGUACCACCAGCGUCUCUAUUGGCAAUGCGCGAAUGUGCACGUUUGUUUACCGCUGGAAAGAUGCUUCCGAAGAAAUUCCACGCGCUGACGACAAGGGAUUUAUUAAGCAAAGGUGAUACACAUUCUAGUAGUCGAGGUGCCGGCUGCGAGGUGCGCACGUACUCGCAAGGGUGCCUUCACGCGUUGCUACCCCACCUGCCCCUCCAUCCGCGACAACA